GUGAGACCGCCUACAUCGCUGGAUGGGGCACAACAAGCGAGGGCGAUCAGCGCGGCAGCGACGUUCCUCUAGCCGCGGUCGUUCGUAUCCUCGGACCUCGCGAAUGUCAGCUCAAGUUUUUGAAGUACGCCAUCACUGAGAAUAUGAUUUGUGCUGACGGCAGAGGAGCUGACACCUGUCAGAACGACAGCGGAGGACCCCUGAUGGCUCGGUAUAAAGGAUCACGCCACGUGCUGGCUGGCAUCGUCUCUUGGGGUAUUGGAUGCGCCAGACCAAACUAUCCAGGCGUCUAUACACGAGUCAGCAAUUAUUUCCAAUGGAUCCAAGAUAACACGAGAGGAGCUAGAACCUGCCCUCCUCCUGGCCGCUAGCGACGCACUGAGACAACUGUAGCGCGCAACUGCGUAUUAAUAUAGAAUAUUUCCAACACGAGUGUGCAGCAGACCCCGCUCGACAUUAGGGACAUUUAGAUUGUAUAAUUUAAGUAAUAUAAUAGGGGGUUCUAAUUGAAUAUGUCACCUACCCUAGCUAGCUAAUACAUGUAUGAGAAUAAAUACUUAUUGCGUUGUGAAAUGCAGGCAUUGGGUUCAAAUAAGUAACUAAAAUCUUGGCUCAAUUAUCCGUAGGUUUUAGUGAAUAUUGAUGUCAUCAGUAAUAACUCUGGAUGAAUAGAUUUUACUUAUUAAAUAUAUUUAUGUAAACUUUGAAAGCCGUUAAAAUCGUAUAUAUUAAAAGGUACUUACAAGUUGUAUCUGUAUAAUGUUAUAAGUGCUAUUUUCGGCCUAUAUCAAGAUCUAUCUUAGAGAUCAUUUGUAACUUACCGAUUUCAACGUGUCAGAGAACAGAGAUCUUCAUCGCAAUCAAUUAUUUGAAUUACUUUCGGUUCGAACUCCCAAACAGAGGGAUCAACCGCGAGAAAUUGAUACACACUUUUGUCCUGCAUGCGUAAGAAGAACUAUUUAGCGAUAGCCCAUGAGUUAAAUUUAGAAGAAAGCAACCAAUUUUUGUAAAUAUUUCGUUAAAGUAAUUUUAAUUAAGAUUCUGACCA